AUGAAAGCACAUACGAUGUUACACUCGAAGAUGUUGCAUUUACUGGCAUAUGUACAAAGCUGUAAGUUGGGCACGCAAUCCUGUCGUUACCGUCGUCUGUGGUCGUACGUGAGGUCUUAAGAGUACAAUUACAUAAAGUAAAUGUGUCUGAUGUAUGUGUGGCCGAAUGGCCAAUAUAUUUCGUGUUACAUUUAUAUCUUCGGGGUUUCCAACUUGAGGGUGGGUCAUUUUUAAUUAAAAAAAAGAGGGAGGGGCGGGGUGUUUGGGGUGGGAACGGGGUAUAUGGUUUUAAAGUGCAAAGAGAAGUUUUAAUUAAAAAAAUUUUAUAGUUUUAAAAAUUUAAAAUUUUUAGACGGUUGAAGGCUUGUACGGUACGUUAUGGGGGGUUUACUGUAUAAAAUAAAUAUUAUAAUAGGUUGUUCACAUAAUUCUGGGCCCUUUUUUAAAGCAAAUUUUUGGGGUAAGGGGGCACAAAAUUAUUUGAACAAACUAAUAGGACAGUUAUUAAUUCGUAAAUUGUUCUAUUGGUACUGUUAUUACUUGAAAUUUGGUCUUAAUGGUACUCUUAUCACUUCACCUUUGGUUCUGUUGGUACUGUUAUAGUACUCAAAUUUUUGAUUGGUACUAUGUUCAAAUUCGAUUUUAAUAGUACUAUUAAGUUGUACAAUUAAUUCUGAGCUUCAUUUCUAACUAAAUUCAAGGGGUCAGGCACGGCACCCUGAACCAAUAGAAAUGAUCAGGGGCACAGAAUUAUAUGAAUAAACUAAUAUAUUUUUUUAAUUUUUGUUUUUUUCUAAAUCUGUAAACAAAAUUUUUGCGUAUUUGUUUCAUCGUUUCAGGAGUACAGAAUUAUUUGAACAACCUAAUAAUAAUAAAUAAAAAAUUUUAAAAAUACAAAUUUUGUAACAGAACUUUUGGCGCACCCUGUAUUAUAUGACAUUAUAUUUUUUAUCAUUUUUUGAAUCCGCUAAUAGUAAUGUAAGCUUAUUUUCAGCCGACUUCUACCCAGAAUCUCCAAACAUUGACAUUGACGUGGUAUCGUGCACACCAGCGCCAGACAUGAGUACGGGUACGGACUCGCCUACGCCAAGUUCAUCCUCGAAUGGGUCGAAUGAGAAGCGAUACUUUUGUCAACGAUGCUUGAAUCAUCGGUUGGAGUUUCCACGGAAAGGACAUAAACCUUACUGCCGGUAAGUUAAUAUCUCGUUUUUGCUAUAGGUUUUAGUAUAUAUAUAAGAAAUUGUUGUUAUGUAUAAGUAUAGUUGAAGAUAUAGGUAUAGGGGUUUUGGUGGCAUAGGCAUACAUAUCAUAUACGUAGUAAAUCGUAUGACCAAAUUGUAACAAUUAUGUGUUGGCUACAUGAAUACAUGACUGUUUCCGGAUUAGGCAGUAUUACAACCUUAAUUAUGUUGUAAUGACUCUUUAAUCGCUUUCAACAUGGAUUAGGUUUACAUUCUAGAAGAUAUAUAUACAUGUGUGGUAUCUUGAUCAGGAAGUUAAUUUACAAUUCCAGUUUACUACGUAACAUGUUUGCUAAUAUUUUUCGUUACUUUACUGUGUAGUUUGUGUAAUGUGUGCGGUAUAGGUAUAGAUAUAGGGAGAGAUAUACGUAUAGGUAUAGGUAGAGGUAAUAUUUUACGGUAUGUUCGCCAAAAUACUACGAAUUAUGUACUAUCAAGCUAUGUAGCUGUAAUAGGUUGUUUAAAUAAUUCUGAGCUUUUUCUAAAGGCUACUUUUUGAAGCUAGGGGCCCAAAAUUAUCUGAAAAAACUAAUGGUAACAUGUUUAUCUUUUACAAUGAUUACUAAUGUAAAAAUACAUCUACAUAACAUUAUAUAUUAUGAAUAGACAUACGUGUUUACAACAUAUUCACGUUUACGUUUACAAACAAAAAAUAUUUUACCAAUAUUACAAUGUGACAGUGAAGAUAAGUCUACGAUUGAUAUAAUCAUCUUACACUUAUAUCAGUUUGUACCAUAUGGUAUCGUAUUCAAGUUGGCAUCCGCGAUCAGAUUACAAGUGUAAUGUAAAAGCUCUUACACUAAUCCGAAUGGACUAUUACUUUAAUUGAUUUGGACAUACGAAGGGUGGGGUGGUCAAGGGAGUAGAACCAAACAUAUAUACAUAGCAUUAAAUACUCAUAGUAUAUACAUAUAUAACAGUACAUACUCUCUACCUACCUAUUUAAAUAUACCUCUUUACCUUUGCAGGUAUGCCAACUGUGAAUGCGAUGACUGUAUUAUGGUAGAAAAGCGACGUCAACUGAAUAAUCAACUCAGUAAACGGAAGUUGGACCCAAAUACACCACGACCUGAGCCUGGGCAGAAGAAGAUACGAGACCCGAAGUGUGCACGAUGCUCAGCUCACGGCAAAGACCAAGCCCUCAGGGGACAUAAACGAUCGCUAUGUCCGUUCUCCGAUUGUAACUGCAACCUGGUAAGGAAUACUGUAAUUUUUUUAAGUUAUUGUAUUAUUCUAUAGUAUACUUUCUUAUGGGAAAGUAUACUGUAGAAUAAUUCUUAUAGGAAUACUGUAGAAUUACACAGUACUUACAAUUCUUUAUAUAGUUUACUGUAAUUUAUAAGAUUAAAAUUUUGAAUUCUAAAAACUACCGUACCUUCAUAUUACCGUACUCUUUCUAGUGCAUACUCGUGGAGAAUCGUCGUUCUCUAAUGGCACGUCAGAUCAAGCUUCGCCGUGACCAACAAAAAGCUCGGCGUGCUCAACAAGCUCUGGACGAGACGGAAGACGAGAUCAGAAGAAGUAUCGAUCUGAACCUGAGUCCCGCGGCUUCAGAACCAUCGACCAAGAAGAAGCCUUUCGACUUGGAUAAUCUCUUGAAAAUGCAUAUGAAUGUAGACGAAAACAAGAUGCCUGAGGAAAAGGUGAACGAAACCUUACCGGCUGUCACUAUGGCUAACAACUUUCGGCCGGAGUAAGUUUUGCAAUGUUAUAGUAAAGGUUAAUGUGGCUAGGGUGAUAAAUAUAGGUGUAGCUAAGGUAAUAGAUAUAGGUAAAGGUAUAGUAGAGAAAAGUUGAAAACUUUUCUAGCUUUUUUUAAUUUUAAAAUUUUUUAGUUAAAAAUCCUACAAAAACCUUAAAUAGGUAGCUUUGCAUGUUUUCUUAUAUAUAUUUACAUAGUAAAUUACUCUACAGUAAGAUGUUUUUUGGAAGUUGAACCCUUCGAAGAUUAAAGUAUCAGCAGAGUCUAAGCUAUUUCCUACUUAGCAUUACAUGCCUUAUUAACUCUAUCGAGAUUUGCACUAUUACUUAAUUAACCAUCUUAUGUUAGUUGUACCGGAAAACAUUUAUUUUGCACCGUGCAACAAUUUUGAAAAGUUGUCGUUUUUACUGCAAUUUUAGCCUUAUCUUAACAGUUUUUAGCCUACAAUACUACUUUAUACUUUUGCCCACAAUAAUAUAUUAAUCUUGUACUGUUUCAGCAUCCCCCUCCAGUUCAUGCCCCUCCCAAUGCUAGAGCAAUACAAUAAACUGAACCAAAGCCCAUCGCCGCCACAACUACUGCCAUUUCCAGCCACAUCCUCUCCGCUAGUAUCUUCUCCAUCUACCCUGUUCAGCCCGCCUAUCAUGAUGAAAGAGGCACCAAGUGUACUAUCGAUAAAGGAUGACACUAUCAUGGCCAAUCCUUCUUUUGUCUUCAAUACUAGUCCAAUGACAUCGCCGAUCAUGCCCAACCCGUCUUUGGCCAAUCCUUUGUCCAAAAUGUUGUUUGACAGCCGGAUGGUACCAAUGAUACCGCAUAGUACUGUUAGUAGUACUGUUGGUGGUACUGAAUGGAUGCGGCCGAACAGUUGGGCCAAAGAGACGCCGGAGCUGAAUACGACUGGGCUGCCUGAUGUGGUACCCAUCUCUACUGCACUACUACAACAAUUGUUCUCGUUAGCCGCCAAAAAUCUUUAA